AUAUACUUCCGAUUUUGCGCACUUCUGUUUAAUCAGUCUACUUGUUCAGUGUUCACCUCUUAAUUUUCAGUACUGGGGCGACUGGCUAAAAAAUGUCUUUGCUUUCUGCUCGUUUAGCUGCCACUUUGGCAAGAAAUGCCCCCAAAAAUGUAACACAAGUUGCGGGAGCAGCUUUUCCCGCUGCUUCGGUUGCGGCUCGCAAUUUCCAUGCAACUCCGCAAAACAAAAGUGCUGAAAUAUCGUCACUUUUAGAAGAACGUAUUUUGGGUACAGCACCAAAGGCUAAUUUAGACGAAACUGGUCGUGUUUUGAGCAUUGGUGACGGUAUCGCCCGUGUUUAUGGCUUGAAUAACAUCCAAGCUGAUGAGAUGGUGGAAUUCUCAUCCGGGCUUAAAGGUAUGGCACUUAACUUGGAACCUGAUAACGUGGGGGUUGUAGUUUUUGGUAAUGACAAACUUAUCAAAGAAGGUGAUAUCGUUAAGAGAACCGGAGCUAUUGUAGAUGUACCAGUAGGUGAUCAAAUAUUGGGACGAGUAGUAGAUGCUUUAGGUAAUCCUAUUGAUGGUAAAGGUCCUUUAAACACCAAACAACGUUUCCGUGUCGGUAUUAAAGCCCCAGGUAUCAUUCCUCGUAUUUCUGUAAGAGAACCCAUGCAAUCCGGUAUCAAAGCUGUGGAUUCUUUGGUACCUAUCGGUCGUGGUCAGCGUGAAUUGAUCAUCGGUGAUCGUCAAACUGGUAAAACAGCUUUAGCCAUCGAUACGAUCAUCAAUCAAAAACGAUUCAAUGAUGCCGAAGACGAGAAGAAGAAACUUUAUUGCAUUUACGUUGCCAUCGGUCAAAAGAGGUCUACAGUGGCUCAAAUUUUGAAGCGUUUGACCGAUACUGGUGCUAUCAAAUACACAAUUAUCGUUUCCGCUACUGCUUCUGAUGCUGCUCCUUUGCAAUAUCUAGCUCCCUAUUCAGGAUGCGCCAUGGGUGAAUAUUUCAGAGAUAACGGCAAACACGCCCUCAUCAUCUAUGAUGAUUUGUCCAAACAAGCCGUAGCAUACCGUCAGAUGUCUCUGUUGCUUCGUCGUCCACCAGGUCGUGAAGCUUACCCCGGUGACGUAUUCUACCUCCAUUCACGUCUUUUGGAACGUGCGGCUAAGAUGUCAGACGCCCACGGAGGCGGUUCCCUAACUGCUUUACCCGUAAUCGAAACCCAAGCCGGUGACGUAUCGGCCUACAUUCCAACCAACGUAAUUUCCAUUACAGAUGGACAAAUCUUCUUGGAAACGGAAUUGUUCUACAAAGGUAUCCGACCAGCCAUCAACGUCGGUUUAUCCGUAUCUAGAGUAGGAUCUGCUGCCCAAACUAAAGCUAUGAAACAGGUGGCCGGUUCCAUGAAAUUGGAGUUGGCUCAAUACCGUGAAGUGGCCGCUUUCGCUCAGUUCGGUUCAGAUCUUGACGCUGCUACUCAACAAUUACUGAACAGAGGUGUACGUCUAACCGAAUUGUUGAAACAAGGUCAGUACGUACCGAUGGCCAUCGAAGAACAAGUAGCCAUCAUCUACUGCGGUGUUAGAGGACAUUUGGACAAAAUCGAUCCAUCAAAGAUUACAGUAUUUGAAAAGCAAUUCUCAGAACACAUCAAGACCAGCCACCAAAACAUCUUGCAGAGCAUUGCCAAAGAAGGUAAGAUCACAGACGAUACCGAUGCCCAGCUAAAGAAAGUUGUACAAGACUUUUUAGCCAGUUUUUCUGGUUAAACGCGCGCAGUGCCACCGAAACGUCACUUAAUUGACGUAAGAGUUUAAGGAUUAAAAAAAAAUCAAUAAAUUAUGGAAAUUAGAAUAAUUAGACCGGAAAAAAAAUCAUUCGAUUAUGUUAUAAGUAAUUCUUAUAUUUUUCAUUAUACACCAAUAUAUAAUCCGAUUCAUUGUUGUUUUUUAAGGAUAUCUUAUUUGUAAAAAUAAAAACAAACCUGUA